CCAUGGCGGGGCUGCUGCUGCUGCUGCGCGGCGCCGGGCGGGCGCUGGGGCCGGGCCGGGCGCUGCCCGCCGCCCCCGGGCCGGGCGCUCGUCGCGGCUGCGGGGAGCUGGCGGCGCUGCGGACCAUGGGCUUCAGCCAGGAGCAGGCCCGGCGGCUCCUGGCGCUGCAGCCCCGGCUCGGCCCCGAGCACCGGGAGGCGGCGGCGGCGCAGCUGCUGCUGCUCGGGCUGAGCGCCGAGGCCGCCCUGGCGCUGCUGGAGCGGAGCCCGGCGCUGCUGCGGCUGCCCACGGAGCGGCUCCGGGAGCGCGCCGAGGAGCUGCGGCGCCUGGGGCUGGACGGAGGCCGGCUGCAGCGAGCCGUGAGCCGCUGCCCCCAGCUCUUCCACGUGCCCCGGAGGAGGCUGGAGGCGGCGGUGCGGCUGCUGCGGGAGCGCUGCCUUUUCACGGCGGAGCAGCAGCGGGAGGUGCUGGGGACCUGCCCCGCCGUCCUGCUGGAGGAGCCGCGCACCCUCCAUCACCAGUUCCAGUACGCCUACUUCAGAAUGGGGGUCCGGCAGAAGGAGAUGGUGAAAGCUCGGCUCUUCCAAAUGCCUUUUGCCGAGCUCCGGAACCGGCACAUCUUCCUGGAGCGCCGCGGGCUCUACGAGACCCCACACAAAGGACAGACCCAAAUUAGUAACCCAAAACUGAAGGACAUCCUUCAGCUCCCCGAGAAAGACUUCCUGGCCAGCCUGGCCUACUCUACCCCAGAGGAGUUUGAGGUCUUCAAGAAGCUGCUGGCUCGAGAGGAGGAGGAGAAGGAGGAAGAGGAGGAUGUGGAUGCACUGUACACAGAGGAUGAUGACGAUUUGGACAGUGAUGAAAGUAAACCAGCCCGGGAGUGAGGAGGUGAGGCUCCGAGGUGCCGGCCCUUCCCUGCUGCUGCACUCACACUGGCUGCUUUGGGCUCCCACCCCACACCAGCACUAGCUGGGGUGGGUGCAGGGCCCCAUGGGUGGGGUACCAAUAAAGCCCAUCUGUCAAAUACAACAACACUCAUUCCUCCUCCUUGACCAACUACUUAAAAAAAAAAACAAAACAAAAAACCCAAAACAAAA